GAUAAAGUCCAAUCAGUUCGUGAUACUUUCUCACACGAGCAGUGUAUUUUUAGUGAGUAUGUCUUGCGAAAAGCAGCAACAGAACGAUUUCUCCAAGAUCCGCGCGAAACUGUCGGAAUUUCCCGGAGGAAACGUCUCGCUCGCCAAAGAUGAGCACUCGGGAAUUGCCGAACUAGUUUUGGAUCGUCCGGAGAAGAGGAACGCCAUGAGCGGCAAAAUGAUGGUGGAAUUUCGGGAUCGUGUUGAGGAGUUGGAGAAUUGGCACGAAGGAAAGGGAGUAAUUCUGAGGGGAAACGGGUGCAAUUUCUGUUCGGGCGCAGAUCUGAAAUUUGCGAAGGCGUCGACGGCUCGAGAUGGCUUGGAGAUGAGCGAGUGGAUGCGAGACGCGCUGGUGAGAUUGCAAAGGUUACCACUGGUUAGCGUGUGUUUAGUUCACGGUCCUUGUUUCGGUGGAGGUGCCGAACUGGCCGUCUUCUGCGACUAUCUCAUCGCAGCGGACGAUGUGAGAUUUGGAUUCGUUCAAGGAAAGAUGGGCAUAGUCACCGCGUGGGGCGCGGGCACUCGGUUGGUUCAGAAGAUUGGCCAUAAGAGGGCGCUUGAGGUUUUGCUCACAUCUAAAGUAAUGGACGCGGAAGAAUGUGUAAAUGUCGGAUUGGUUGACCACGUCGUGUCGUCUCGGGCGAGCUUAUUAAAAGCCCGGGAUUGGCUUACAGCCAGAUUAUCCUUACCACAUCAGAUAACUAGAGCAUUCAAGACCAUAGUGUCGAACGCGCACGAUUACAGUUAUGCGGAUGCGUUGAAAAUCGAAGGGGACAUUUUUGCACCGUUUUGGGGUGGUUCGCUGAAUAAACAGGCGCUCGAUAAAAAUAUUAAGCAUUCCUAAAUAGAUCUGCUUGGCAACAUUGCCGUUCUGCGAUGACCAAUGGAACGAUUCCGAUCUUGCAGUACCCAGAUGGUUUAUUUAGCCCGAAUGACCUGUACAACGUAGUUGGGAUACCUACUGUGUAGAGGACAGUCACAAAUUCAGGACUGAAAAUGCCUGCUCGUAUUAUUAAAUUUUCAUUUACAUCCCUCAUCAUGUUAAUAGCAAAACAACCCUAAUGUAAAUUUUACUUUGUUCAAUACUCUUAAAGGAAAUGAUCCCAAUUUAAAUACAAUAAAAUGGCUCUAAUUUUCAAAUUCCCACUCGAUGACUCAAGAUUACGCAAUCCGUCGGUAAGUGACAAUAUCAUCUGCGAUCAAAUCGAUUACUGCAGGCGACGAUUACAUCAAGGCCGUUCACCUUGAGAAAAUGCCACUGAUUUAAUUUGAUUUGUGCGUGUUUAACACUUGUGCUGGCGGUAUUUCGCCAUAAUUCCCAAUGCGCACUGAUUAAACUUUAAUUAAUAUCAUGUUUGAUUGACGCUUUACCGUCUAGGACCUUACGUGUUUGCUUGACGGUCAUUUACUACUGGUGGCGCACGCAACUUUUUGGCAGAAAGAUGUUUACUGGUGGUCGAGAAGGGAAUAACACAAUUUCCACAUUUACGACUCUCCUUUUUGUCCUAUCAACCAGUUAGCGCCUUUCAACCAAUGAAAUCUCUAGAAACCCAAGGGCACGUUGACUAAUUUCACAUCGACUCAGCCAAACCUACGCCAUACAGCGCACUAAUACGAGCGGGUCUGGCUCAGCAAGAUCUUCCACGACUUUCUGAUGACGUACCUAUGCAUUUAAUUCAACAGGAUCGUAGAAAACGGGUGUUCUCUUCAGGUUAUGAUUAAUACUAUGCUCCCUUAGGAAAGACAGCUUCAAUUUAGAAAUAUCGCUUUGUGAAGGCACAGCUGGGUUUCUGAUACAGCCCCGGUAAUACCUGCUUCUCAUGGAAUGGAAAAUUAGUAUAAUCGAGAUCUUGUUUAUGCACAGGAAUAAAAAACUAAAUUUCCACUCCACUGAAUAUUAAUUGAGCCCGUGCGUUAAUUGGGUUUUGUUGUGUUACAAAUUAUCUAAGAUUUUACCACAUGCCGUUGAUAACGGCGUUCUAUUUAUAGCACAAUGCGAUUCGAAGUGAGGUCACCUAAGCCAGCUAAAAAUUCUCUCACAGCUACCGCAAACGCACAAAAUUGUACGUUUUUACGGUCGAAGUCAAGCUGCAAAUGUCGACUUUUCUGUUUCGUUGGUAACACCUAGUUGUCAGCUGGAAAAUCUGAAAACGAAACCUGCUAAAGCUUUUAUCUCCAAACAUAUUUUCAUUCACGUUUCAUAUGAAGCGGUAUAAAAAAUGUAAACUGCAAAUCGAUCACCCGUUACAGAAUAACUUGUUCCUUCUAAGACACACAGUGCCUUCUACGAUAGAGUAAUUAUUUCCUGCUACUCAACGCCAGAAGAACAUACAACAAAAUAUCAAUAAAAGAUCUAAAAAAAAACCACCAGGCUUCCCUUACAACUGAGUCAAUUUC